AUGGCGCAGAGCGGUCAAGCCAUUGCCCUUGUGGGAGCGUCAGGGUGUGGAAAGAGUACUGUAAUUCAGCUUCUUGAAAGAUUCUACGAGCCGGACGAUGGAAACAUUAAAAUCGACAAUAAUGAUUUGAAGCGAUUGUGCCGAAUACACCUUCGAAACAACAUCGCUCUCGUAGGCCAAGAACCCAUUCUUUUCCGGGGGUCGAUUAUUGAAAAUGUCACACUUGGACUGGACGGUGUUACCGUAUCAGAAGUACAAGAGGCGUGCAGACAAGCGAAUGCGGCCAACUUCGUUGAGGCUUUCCCUCAGGGAUACGAGACCGAUGUCGGUGAGAAAGGAGGAUGUCUGUCAGGCGGACAAAAGCAGCGUGUUGCCAUUGCCAGAGCGCUUAUUCGUAAACCCAAAGUGAUUCUACUGGACGAAGCUACAAGUGCGCUCGACACCGAAAGCGAAAAGGUAGUAGAAAUGUUUACUCUUUGA